AUGGUUUCAGGAUAUGGAUUCGUCGCACCAAUCACAAAAGCGGGGCGAUUUAUUGUUGUAAUUUAUGCACUUAUCGGUGCACCGCUCGUACUGGUCACUAUAACCGAUAUCGGAAAAUUUCUCAGCUUUUAUCUGAUGCGCUUUCUUCCCGAAUCGCUGACUGGCGUAUGCUUUCUUGCAUUACUCCUUGCAUACUUAUUCGCCGGCGCAAUGUCUUUUUCGGUGUUCGCCAAAAUUACAUAUUUGGAAGCUGCAUAUUUUUCCAUCACAUCAGUCUUCACCAUUGGCUAUGGCGAUACCCAGUCGCUGACUGGCAUAUGCUUUCUUGCAUUACUCCUUGCAUACUUAUUCGCCGGCGCAAUGUUUUUUUCUGUGUUCGCCAAAAUUACAUAUUUGGAAGCUGCGUAUUUUUCCAUCACAUCAGUCUUCACCAUUGGCUAUGGCGAUACCCAGGUCGGUCUAGCCUUCAGAUCUUAUUACACACAGCAAUUAUUAACUUUUUGA